UGUUGUCGGACAGAUGUGUCCCGGAUGUAAACAGCUCGAGCUCUGCUAACACGAGAGUUCCAGUAACUCAUACGUGUGGUCUACCUCUGUGAGACGAUGUCUGACCGUGAUGGCCCACCGGAGCCAGCUGGACUGGACGGUCUACCUCCACUGUUCAGCAUUGCCAAAGGAGAGGUGGUGUCUGUACAAACAUACGGAGCCUUUGUUCGACUGCCAGGAUACAAGAAGGAAGGUCUGGUACAUGUGAGCGAGAUGUCAGCCUCCCGUGUUGAGAGUGCUUCAGAGAUUGUGGAUGUGGGGGAACAGGUGUGGAUUAAAGUCAUUGGGAGAGAGAUUCAGGGUGACAAGGUGAAGCUGUCCUUCUCCAUGAAAUGUGUCAAUCAAGGAACAGGGCGGGACUUGGACCCCAACAAUGUUAUGGCAGAUCAGGACGCAAGGAGGCGUAAGCAGUUUAGAGAUCAAACCGGCAACAGGAUCACACUGGAAGCUGUGCUCAACACGACGUGUUCAAAGUGCGGCUGCAAGGGUCACUUUACAAAGGACUGUUUCUCUGCUCCGGGAUUGCAGUACGCGCUUGUGCCUGAAGAGGACGACGAAGAGCCACAGCAGCAGCAGCAGCAGCCGACAUCCACAGUUGCACCACAGAAAGACUCAGACAAAAAGAAGAAAAAGAAGGAAAAGAAAAUGAAGAAGAAGAAGAAGAGGGAGAGAAAGGAGUCGGACAGCGACAGCAGCAGCAGCAGCAGCAAUGAAUGUAAAUCCAAGAGGAGGCGCCACGACCACAGUCAUGACAGGGAGGACAAAAAGAAGAAGAAACACAAAAAACACAAGUCGCACAAACACAGCUGAGACGACCGCAUGAGCAGACACACACCUACAGUCACCACACUGCAGCUAUCAGACAGACGCACAACGGGGAAGUGGGGAGAAACAGUGACUGGCGUCAAGCUGUGUGUCUUUUAAUAACGUCUCCACCAACAGCUUAUUAUAGAAAACCUUCAUGCAUUUAAGUUAAAGUUUCAAUUACUGUCUCUCCAUAGUAUUGGAAGCAGUUCCUGUAAAGUGCUGGAAAAGCAAAUAAAUAGGUCACAUGGCAAUCCUCACUUGUCCUGAAGUAACCUCUGGCUCCCCCACAGCCUGAAGAGUCUACACAUUAUUUGUAAUCUGAUAUUUGUAAGCAAUAUGGCAGCAAGUGGCCACCCCUUUCCAGAUAUUGUUUACAGCUAUCCGGUUUCCAAUAGUUCUCUGGGAAAUCCAUUUAGCUGACAUGACGGAGUAAAGCGACUCUUUUGGUGGGAUGAGGAGGGGGGGACGGCUAAAGAUCCUUUAAAUAACACACACAGGAAAUGUUUGAAACACAAACGGGAAGUGUAGUGCAGUAAGUUAACGUAACGGGAUCCUCAUUAUGUGGUGACUUCCCGAGGUUGUGUGCCACUUGUUGUGCAUUUGUGUGUACAUUGACAUGCAUGUGUUUUACUUCCAGGGAAAACCUCACAGCACACGCAAACCUCUUCCUGCAUGUCAACUGUUAACUCCAUUAAAGCUGUUUUUGUUUGUAAAGCUGA